AGAUUCACCUUCUUCUCUUCCGAGAUUGAUGAGACCAUCCACGCACCUGAGCUGGGCGGCCUACUCAUGCCUGGCGAGUCUUUCAGAGACUUGUUCGAGCUUGGCCCUGAUGGAGGUGUAUGGUGGCUUGAUAUGCUCAACCCCUCUGAAGAAGAGAUUACAUCUAUCUGCAAAGCAUUCGGUGUCCAUCCGUUGACUCGCGAGGAUAUCGCCACUCAGGAAACGCGUGAAAAGGUUGAGCUUUUCAGAUCCUACUACUUCGUCUGUUUUCGUUCCUUCUACCAGGAGGACAAGGAGAGCGAGGACUUCAUGGAGCCUAUCAACGUCUACACAGUCGUCUUCCGCGAGGGUCUACUGACUUUCACCUUCUGCAACAAUCCUCAUGCGGCUAAUGUUCGCAAGCGUAUUGGUCGGCUUCGUGAUUAUGUCAACCUCAGUGCCGACUGGAUUUGCUACGCCUUGAUUGACGACAUUGUCGAUGCCUUUGGACCUGUCCUGCGUGACGUCGAACACGAAGCGGAUGGAAUUGAGGACAGCGUUUUCACUGCACGCUUCGAGGAUUCACGCGCCAUACUGCGACAAAUUGGUGUUUGCAGAAAGAAGGUCAUGUCUUUGCUGCGCUUGCUUGGCGGAAAGGCAGAUGUCAUCAAGGGCUUUGCCAAGCGCUGCAACGACCAAUACAGCAUGGCACCACGUGGUGAUGUCGGUCUGUAUCUUUCUGACGUUCAAGACCACGUUGUCACCAUGAUGAGCAACUUGUCUCAUUUCGAAAAGAUUCUUUCUCGUAGUCACUCCAACUACCUUGCUCAGAUUUCAGUCGACAACAUCGCCCAAGGCAACAAGGCCAACUCGCUGCUCUCUAGAGUCACUGUCUUGGCCACUAUUCUCGUUCCCCUUAACCUGGUAACUGGCCUUUUCGGCAUGAACGUCCGUGUGCCUGGCAUGGAUGGAGGCAAUCUCGCUUGGUGGUUUGGAAUUGUUGGAUUCAUGCUCAUCUUCGUCGCAACUUGUCUGCUUACUGCCUGGAAGCUUGGCCUGCUUGAAGAUGUUGUACCGGAGCGCGAGGAGGAGUUGUGA